ACGGGGGCGGGGCGAGGCCUGCGGGCGAGCCGCCCUCCGCCGCUAGCCGGGCCGCCGCCCUCGGGCCCGGUGCGGGUCCGGGCCCGGGCUCGGCCUCGGCCCAGCGGGCUCAGGGAGGAUGGGGCAGCCGCGGAGGCCGAUCAGCGGCAGCGGCCUGGAGGCGCCAUGACCGGCGAGAAGAAGAAGAAGAAGCGGCUCAACCGCAGCGUCCUGCUGGCCAAGAAGAUCGUCAUCCGCGACGGGGCCGGCAGACAGGGGAUUGGGGAGCCCAGUGUGUACCAUGCUGUGGUGGUGAUUUUCCUGGAGUUCUUUGCCUGGGGGCUGCUGACCACACCAAUGCUCACGGUGUUACACCAGACUUUUCCUCAGCACACAUUCUUGAUGAAUGGCCUGAUCCAUGGAGUCAAGGGUCUGCUUUCUUUUCUAAGUGCCCCACUGAUUGGUGCUCUCUCUGAUGUCUGGGGCAGGAAAUCCUUCCUCCUCCUCACUGUCUUCUUCACCUGUGCACCCAUUCCCCUUAUGAAGAUCAGCCCGUGGUGGUAUUUUGCAGUCAUUUCCAUGUCUGGAGUUUUUGCUGUUACCUUCUCUGUCAUUUUUGCCUACGUCGCCGACAUCACGCAGGAGCACGAGCGCAGCACGGCGUAUGGCUUGGUGUCUGCCACCUUUGCUGCCAGCCUGGUCACCAGCCCGGCCAUCGGCGCCUACCUGUCCCAAGCCUACGGUGACACCUUGGUGGUUGUGUUGGCAUCAGGGGUGGCUUUGCUGGACAUUGGCUUCAUCCUGCUGGCUGUGCCAGAGUCUCUGCCAGAAGAGAUGCGCCCAGUCUCUUGGGGAGCUCCAAUCUCUUGGGAACAAGCUGACCCGUUUGCUUCCUUGCGGAAAGUGGGUCAGGAUUCUACAGUGCUGCUCAUCUGUAUCACUGUCUUUCUCUCCUACCUUCCUGAGGCAGGGCAGUAUUCCAGCUUCUUCCUGUACCUACGGCAGGUCAUUGGUUUUUCCUCAGAGACUGUGGCAGCCUUUAUUGGUGUAGUUGGAAUUCUCUCUAUACUGGCUCAGACAGUAGUGUUGGGAAUUCUCAUGCGCUCAAUAGGAAACAAAAACACCAUCCUGUUGGGACUGGGCUUCCAGAUCCUGCAGCUUGCCUGGUAUGGCUUUGGUUCACAGCCUUGGAUGAUGUGGGCAGCAGGAGCAGUGGCUGCCAUGUCCAGCAUCACCUUCCCAGCUAUCAGUGCCAUGGUGUCAAGAAAUGCUGACCCUGACCAGCAGGGUGUGGUGCAGGGGAUGAUCACUGGGAUCCGGGGGCUGUGCAAUGGCCUGGGGCCAGCACUCUAUGGCUUUGUCUUCUAUCUCUUCCACGUGGAGCUGAAUGAAAUGGCUGAGGUGGAAACUCUGGGUAAGGCCUCCAAACCCAACAUGGCCAACCCUACAGACGAGAGCAGCAUUAUCCCGGGGCCUCCCUUCCUCUUUGGGGCUUGCUCUGUCCUGCUCUCACUCCUGGUGGCCUUGUUCAUCCCAGAACACAACCUUGCACUGAGGUCAGGCAGCCACAAGAAGCAUGGUAACGGAGCCCAGAGCCACCCCCACAGCCCACAGGCCACAGGGGGGGACAGCAAGGAGCCCCUGCUCGAGGACAGCAGCGUGUGAGGCUGGGGGGCAGCUCCAGAGCAAGGAUGGACUGAGCCAGCCAGAGUUUGGGGACAGAGGGUGGGGGGAGAGGAGAAAAGAGGUGACAGACUGUACCACAGCUAAUCAGGAUGAACGAGGUUUCCCUUCGAGCCCCACCUGGUGCAAAACCAGGAUUGUAUCACAGGGUGC